UCUUCCAUCACAAACCUUCUCCUUCUCUUGCAAUCUCCAUUAAAAAUCCCUAGCUCUAACCGAAAAAUGGCUUCCUUUCGGUCGUCGUGGUCCACCGCAUUGCUUUUCCUCCUGUCCCUGGUCACGGUGUCCGUCCUCGCAGUCUCGGCAGUGGACCGUGACUUCUCCAUUGUAGGCUACGCCCCCGAGGACUUGAAGUCGAUAGACAGGCUGAUCGAGCUGUUCGAGUCGUGGAUGGCCAAGCACGGGAAGAGCUACGAGAGCUUUGAGGAGAAGCUGCACCGGUUCGAGGUGUUCAAGGAGAACCUGAAGCACAUCGAUGAGACCAACAAGAAGAUCACCAACUACUGGCUCAGCCUCAAUGAGUUUGCCGACCUGACCCACGAGGAGUUCAAGAAGAUGUACUUGGGGCUGAAAAAGGUCGACUUGUCUGAGAGGAGGCAGUCCUCCGAGGAAGAGUUCACUUACAGGGGCUUCGUGGACUUGCCCAAGUCCGUCGACUGGAGGAAGAAGGGAGCCGUUACUCCCGUCAAGAACCAGGGCUCUUGCGGGAGUUGCUGGGCAUUUUCGACGGUGGCAGCGGUUGAGGGCAUAAACCAGAUAGUCACCGGGAACCUGACCUCGCUGUCUGAGCAAGAGCUGAUCGACUGUGACACAACGUACAACAACGGCUGCAACGGAGGCCUCAUGGAUUAUGCGUUUGCUUACAUUAUCAAAAACAAUGGACUCCACAAGGAGGAGGACUACCCCUACAUCAUGGAAGAGGGCACUUGUGGCAUGACCAAGGUACAUAUAUAUGAGGAUGAGGCUGAGGUAGUGACCAUCACUGGGUAUGGCGAUGUCCCGGCAAACAAUGAGCAGAGCCUCCUCAAGGCACUGGCCAAUCAGCCCCUCAGUGUGGCUAUUGAAGCCUCAGGCAGAGAUUUCCAGUUUUACAGUGGGGGAGUGUUUGAUGGGCACUGUGGAAACGAGCUGGAUCACGGGGUAGCUGCCGUCGGAUACGGAUCGACCAAAGGCAUGGACUAUAUCAUAGUGAAGAACUCGUGGGGAUCCAAGUGGGGAGAGAAAGGGUACAUCCGAAUGAAGAGGAACACCGGAAAGCCCGAAGGUCUCUGCGGGAUCAACAAGAUGGCUUCUUAUCCCACCAAAGCCAAAUGAUCUUCAUACAUUCGCAUUUCUAGACUUUCCCCAAUGUUUCUUGUUGAUUCUCUAAUAAGUAUCGCUGUCACCUAAGUACGGUGUUUCCGCUUCACCUUCGUGAAAGCGGCUACCCGAUCAUGAAUAUUUGAAAUGAAUUUUGAUUGUUAUACAUAAUAUUUGCA